ACUGAUCUUAGACCAAGAUGAAACGCGAUACUUUUCGAUAGCAAAAUUGACCAGAGUUUCUAAAAUUGUCGAAUCCGCGUGGAUCUCCGUAUUUAAAGCUUUAUUACGCCAAGGUCAAAAUUCCGGACAUUUGUGCAGUUAACGGAUGUUACAAAAAAGGUGAUAAAAAUAAUCCAGCCAUCAGUUUUUUAUCGUUUCCAAAAAGUUCACAUUAUCGCACAUUGUGGCUGAAAGUGUGUAAAAGGAAGAAAGUCAAUGUUAAAAGUGUCUCAGUAUUUUCGAGAAAAGUCAUUUGUUGACGUUAUGCUGAUCACAACACCAAGGAAAAAGCUUCGUGAUGAUGCCGUCCCAACAGAAAAACUUUCGCCAAGUGAGGGUGAUCAUGUGCAAGAGGGUGCGACAGAAGAAUCUUUAGGAAGUGACAAUCCUGAGUCAGGGAGUAAUGCAGACCAUAACGAUAGUGGACAUGGCUCACCGGGUACCGACUGCGGACAUGGCUUACCAGAUAUCAAUAAUGAUAUUAUUGACUUCAUAAAUGCUUUAAUAUCACAACCCUUAUCCGAAAAAAAUUUUGCAGAAGUUUUCGAAAGGUUAGCAAAGGCAAAAGCGGAAGUUACUGGAGAUAUAGAAGAGCUGUUAAAAGAGCAGAAUGCAGAAACGUCCCAAGGUGCGGCAACUGAUAAGGUAAAAACUGACUAUCUCCAGGAAAUUAAAUACCUCAAAAGGGAAAGAGACCAUUACUUCGUCAAUUGGGUUGCAUCAGUGAAAAGGGAGGCUUUGUGGAAGAGAGGUUGUCACAUGUACAAAACAAGAGCAGAGUACGCAGAAUCAAAAUUGAGAUUUGUUUAUAGAGAAAAGGAGGGAAUUGUUCUUAGACUGAGAGAAAUAUUCACUCCUGGAAAAGUAAAUAUGCUACUGAAUCCUGGAAAGCGAACGACAUGGAACCUUGAAGAUAUUGCAGGUGCAAUUUCCAUACUUGCUCUUACUGCCAAAAGUUACGAGUAUCUCAUGGCUGUCUUAAAAAUUCCAUUACCAGGGCUAACGACAUUAAGACGCUGAAUAGGUACAUUUGACUCUGAUUCAGGUGUUUUAAAACAAGUACUGAAAAUUAUG